UGUUUCAUAAGAUGUCCCCAAACGAGACGCUCUUCCUGGAGAGCACCAACAAGAUCUACAAGGAUGAUAUCUCUGGCAGUUCCUUCGUAAACUUUCACAUAUGGGACUUUCCAGGGCAGGUGGACUUUUUCGACCCUACAUUCGAUUACGAGAUGAUUUUCAGGGGCACCGGCGCGUUGAUUUUCGUCAUCGAUGCUCAGGAUGACUAUGUAGAAGCAUUAGGCCGGCUACAUCUGACGGUGUCGCGGGCGUUCAGGGUGAACCCGGAGAUCAAUUUUGAGGUGUUUAUACACAAGGUGGACGGUUUAUCAGACGAUCAUAAGAUAGAGACGCAGAGAGACAUUCAUCAGAGGGCUAAUGAUGAUCUAGCUGACGCCAGUCUGGAAAAGCUUCACCUCAG